CUUUCAGGAUGCGCUCAGUCACAUUCUGUCUUUUACUUGCUUUUGUCGUCGUAUGUUUAGCUGAAGAAGCGGUGGACUUCAGCCCUGACGACAUCCCAGCCGACGCUCCCAUCAUUCGAGAAAAAAGAACGUAUGGGAUGGGAGGCUACGGCGGAUUUGGAGGAAGGUGGGGUAGAGGAUAUGGAGGCUAUGGAGGUUACGGUGGCUACGGUGGUUACGGUGGCUAUGGUGGCUACGGUGGAUUUGGAAGGGGAGGCUGGUGGUAAUUAGGAUUGCCAUCGAAACGCACAACAUCCUGUUUCAGUGUAU